UUUUGUGUUACUUAUUUAAAUGGACUGGCGAUUAAGAAAUGCUUCUCUUAUCUGUUUACCUAAACCAAAUCCAUGGAAGACGUUGCUGAAGAGUAUCAUGAUUUCAUGGAUCAUAUACUAUUCCCCCACUGGGUUCAGAGCCAAAAUCAACCUGGGAUAAGCACUGGAGUUGCCACAGGGCAGAUCAGUAAUGUUAGCACACCCCAAGCGUUUCAAUCUCCAAACGUUUCCAAUGGUUCGGUUUUGAAACGCAACGUUUCAAACUUAUGUGGACAUGAACGAGCUUUGAGGAAAAGGAGAAUUGAUCAGGCGUAUCGGGAAAGAUGCAGGACUCUCAAAACGGAAAUGCAAUCGAAUAUGGAGAACCUUAAAGGAGAAAAUGAUUCUUUAAAGAUAGAGAAUGAAGCCUUGAAAGAUGCUAAUUCUUUGAUGAAUCAAACUUUGAAAGAUCAAGAAAAUGAGAUUGAGAAGUUGAGGAGUGAUCUUGUUCAGAUUAAGCGCGAGUAUGAGCAGCAAAACGUUCUUGUGCAAACUCUUUCAGGGCUUUUAGCUGAUCCAAUGAGGCUUGAAAACGAGAAGUUAAAAGAUGAAAAUGCAUUUUUGAGGGAAAAUGCCGAUCUUAAUGGUAACUUACCACAUCUUGCAGAGGAUAAUGCGAAAUUAAGAAUCGAAAAUAAAGCACUCAAGGUGCAGAACGAUGCUUUAUGUGGGAAGAUUAUCAGCGAUAAUGACAAGAAACGUGAACAAGAUCAGUAAGCUAAAUUAGUACUACAAAAUGAAGAUAAGCCCUGUGUUCUUUCUCAGUUGACGACACGUGCUGUAUUUUAUUUCAUGGCACACCUUGUCUUUCUCUGUCCUUUUCCUUUCUACUCAUCUUCAAUCCUUCAUGCACCAUGUGGCUACUUAUGACUUAUCUUCUCAUAGCACUUUAGCUUUCUUGUUCUUGACCUCACUUCUUUCCUAGAUCUUUUAGAUCUUCAAUCGAUUAGCAUCCUUGAUCUAUCUUCUCUUGUUUUCGCACUUUUCAUGCCUUCCUUGUGCUCGCCCCUUUCUCACUUCCUUGGAACCGGAAGGCCGGAAAAGAAAAACGAAUAUGGUUUUCUAGUAUUCCUUUCAUGUGUGUAUAGCUGGCUGACGGGUAGAUGGUAAUCGCCCGGUACCAUGGUGAGUUGUAGGGGGUAGUCAUAAAGGAGUAACAUUGGUGGUGUUGUAAUGAUAUCGAAAUUAGCUUGAUCUUAAUUCCUCUUCCAGUUUGGACCUUGAAUUUGAUUGUGUUUGUGUAUAAUCUUUUAUUAUGGGGGAAAAGAAGUAUUUGAUAUUGUUUAGGCGUAGUAAUUGCAUGAAAAUCAAGUGCCUUUGCUUAUUUGUGUAGAUAUUGGCUUGGUUUCAUCAAUGUAUUAUACUGGAUCACUUUACCAGAGAAAAAGUAGAGUUUACGUUUCAAUUA